AUGAGUAGCGGAACGGUUCGGGUUCGUUCAACAUUUCCGCCAGUAAGUUUGUAAAACAGGCGCAGUUAACAGUUACAUAUUCCCAUUGAGCACGCUGAUGAGGUCAAUAAACUAUACUACCUCGACGUCUUGGGAGGUCAUCAUCGGCCAGGGGCGGUCAGUUGGGUCAGGAAAAACGGUAGAGAGUGCCCCUGGAAUGCUACUCUUAACGAACCAGUUCCACGACUCAUUCGAAUGCUCGGUUGUGAUUGGCCUCAAAAAAUAGUAUUGUGCCCAAUUGGAGGCCUGCAUCUAUCGUGCUGCUUUCGCGAUCUUCUUAUAAGCAGAGUCUUACCGUAAACUCCACUGUUCGCGUUACCUGUCAGACCUCUUUCGUGCUCUCCAAACUUCCCGGGUGCUCAAUAUCUUGACAUACGCACGCUAACCCUUUAACUAAUUGUUGAAUAGUCUUCUGAGUACCGUGUGGGAAGAAAUUUUUGCGUGUUCUAAUUUUUGCGACCCGCAAAAAUAAGUUCCCGCCAAUAAAAAUCACUGCAAAUAUUUUUUCCCCAAAACGUUUACUCCAGAGUAAAUGUUCUUUAACUUCAAUUCGCUGCACAAAAAUGCAGUACUGAGAAAUCGUGUCUGUUCAAUCACAACUUAUCUCUGAUUCAGAAACAAAACGGUAGAACGAAAUGCUGGUUUAUUGUUUGAAAAUAUGUAUUUCUAUUGCAUGAACUCAGUAAAAACGAAAAUAUUACCAAUGCUGGGUACUGGGUACUUUCUGAAAAUCGCAAAAAAACAACAAUCCGUCCUAAUCGCAAAAAUUAGUCAGCGCAAAACACAAAAAAUCGACAAUCGGCAAAAAUCAACUACCGCAAAAGUUUCGUGCACUAUGUAGCCUAUUUUCGCCUGGGAUUGUAUAUAGUCGUGCUUAAAAAGAAAAAAAAACUAGCAACCAAACAAACAAAACAAUAAAAAAAUCCAAAAAAAGAUUAAUAUGAUGAUUAAUAGCAAAAUAAUAGAUAUUUUCUGCUUUCUUAGUUCCCAGCAGGGCACCGUCGUAUAUCCGUCUUUCAAACUCACAGUUUACUGACGUGAAAGUUCAGUGGAAUCCACUGUCCCAGCAGUACGCUAAUGGCCGUCUUCUUGGAUACAGAGUCUACUAUAGGGAAUACACAUAUUAUUAUUACUCAUAUUAUGCAAAGAGUGUUAACACUAGCAGUGCUAAUGUUACUAUGGUGAUAUUGAGGGACCUGACACAGGCCACACGUUAUCAAAUAGCAGUGACAGCCUUUACUUCAAAAGGAGAAGGACCACGCUCGUCUUGGUAUUCAAUAACCACAGGUAAUGCAUAUGUUUUUAGCUGUUACUGA